AUGGCUGCCUCGCCCACCGCGCCUUUUCCCACGCCGUCUGUCCCCGUCGACGCGGGGAGAGGCCAUCAUCUGCCUUUGCCCUACGAGUACGCGCAGCCUCAGGCUCAGCCACAGUCGCAACCUCAACCUCACCACCCGCAACCGCUACCGCUGCCUCACCCACAGUCUCAGUCUCAGCCACAGCAGUCUUCCCGCCAUCCCGACAUCAUCAAUCAUCCAUCUUCAAGUUCUUCUCACGAACAGAAGCCGCAGAUACAGCAACAAGAACAACAACAGCAGCAGCAGCAGCAGCAACCCCCGACGAAACGGCGCCGCAUUGGCUAUGCCUGCAAUCUAUGUCGUACCAAGAAGAACCGCUGCGAUGGCGAGCGACCCUCUUGCGGGCCGUGCAAGGAGCGGCGCCAAGAAUGUGUCUACAGCCCCCAACGAACCAAGAUUUCCGUGACGCAAGAGUACAUUGAAAAUCUACGAGCACGGAAUCGUAUGCUCGAGGAGCAUAUAGCCAACCAGCAACCUCAGGGCUCUCACUCACCCCAUGAGAGCACUUACUCAAAGGAAUCGCCUUUUGGUCCUCCGCGACUAUCCUCAGACCGGAAUCCAAGCGACGGCCCGCGGCAACACCAAUACCCAAAUCCUUCUUCACCUCUAUCUACAGCAGACGGGAGACCAGAUCACCACCAUGACCGGAGCAUGUUACUCAACGAACAUUCGACGGCACCUGGAAGCCGACAACGCCCGUCUGACAGCAACCCUCCCAGUGAUCGACCAAGGAGUAGCCAUUCCGCCUUACCGGGAGAGUACUUUGGGGAGUCAUCAGCAUUCGAUUUCAUCACAAAAGUAACGUCACCGAAUACCACGGAUGCUACAGCUGGCAGCUCAGUAGCAACUACCGGAACUCCUACAACAGGUGCCACCACCGGUGGCACCACAAAUUCCAAAGCCUCAACGACGGGACGACUAGGAAACGCCGUUACCGCGAGAAGGAGUAUUGCAGAAGCAUCCGGAAUGGGUGGCUUGAAUUCAGAAUCCCUGGCAGAGUCCUCGCCCUCAACAGUCGUCUUCGAAGAGCUUCUAGGCAUUGGGGGAGGAAUAGGGGACGGCAGCGGAAGUAGUGACUUGUUUGAACUACCUCAACGAUCAUUAGCUGACCGCUUGGUGACAUCAUAUUUCAAACAUCGACAUCCACUGAAUCCAUGUCUGCAUGAAGGGACGUUUCGUCACCGUUAUUCGAAACUCUGGCUCAGCAAGGACGUGGGCGGUGAAGAGGCGGCUCCCAACAACUUGGCCUGGCUGGGGUUGGUCAACAUGGUAUUUGCAUUUGGCAGCGAGCAUGUGCAGAUUCGUCCUCCAUAUCACGGAAGUCCAGCUGGCUCAGCACCAACAAAACCGGACCGUUCUCGCUUUUUCAAACGAGCCAAGAUGUUGGCAUUCUCCAGCAUCCUACAAGCCAGGAUUGAGCUCGUCCAGGCAUUACUGCUAAUGAGUCAUUAUUUACACGGCUCGCUGGAACUCAAUCAUUGUUGGACUGUUAUUGGAUUGGCAAUCCGCACAGCACAAGAGCUGGGGCUCUAUCUCGAUUCUACCAACUUCACCAAGGAUAUUAUCGAGCAGGAGAUACGCAAGCGUGUGUGGUGGGGCUGCUUCGUGAUCGACCGCCUCGUCAGCAUCAAGGUCGGUCGGCCACCCACGAUUCACGAUAUACCCGCCAUUCGCGUCGGCUUGCCUCUUGCGGUUGAUGAUGAAUAUCUCAAUGAAGAGUCCAAGUAUACGCAGCCUAGCAAUGUCCCUUCCAAGAUUGAAUACUUCAACCAUAUCGUGACCCAAUGCCGCCUGCUUGCAAAGGUACUCGACACCUUGUACGACAAUACCCCAAGCAGCAGCGGUAGCGCUGGCGCCAUGUCGAUCCAGCUGGAUGGCGAGUUGGUCGUGUGGCAGAGCAUGCUGCCUCCACAUUUACGCGCAGACUCGGACGUGACAGAUUGGCAUUUUGAGCGACAACGGAGCGUUUUACUCAUGCGAUUUCUUCAUAUCCGUCUCCUUAUUCACCGUCAAACACUGCUGUACCAUAUUUUACGUCGCAUAUCCGAUCCUUUUCAGCUUGAUCUGGCACAUUUGUGCAUCAGACGUUGUGUCAUGGCGGCCCACGAUGCAAUCCACCAGGUGCAUCUCUUACAAAAAAACAACUCUCUGUCUUCCUCAUGGCAUAACUCACACUACGUCUUCACGGCUUUGAGUGUCUUGCUAGUCUAUCAGCACCUGGACCCCCAAUCGCGGUCAAAGAUUGACCUCCCGCCCUCAUCAGAUAUCGACGUCGUUAUCGGCCAGGGUACGGAUCACUUACAGCGUGUUGGUGGCGAGAUACAUCCCCUAGCCUCUCGCUACGUUCGCUCAUUUCAGCAACUGCAAGCACGGUUGCAAGCAAUUGGAACGCUCUCCGCCAACGCGCCGCCACUAGCCGUGCGUGGUAAGCAAGCUGUGUCAGUGAAGGAGGAUGGUGCAUCAAGUUACGGCCAGGCCCGUACAGCAAGCUCCACAACUGACUCUGACCAGAGCAGCAGCAAUGCUGGUUCAGCCACUAGCGGAAGUGUAGGUAAAGGAUCCAUGGCCGUACCAGACCAUGGCCAAGAGCACAGCGGGGUCAAUUACUACAACGGGGAAGGAUAUCAAGAGCAAGACAACAACGACCGGGGAGUGGAAUACGGGGACGAUGGUUUCAUGUGGGCUGGCUUUGAUGAUGAGUUUGCAGUCAUACAGAGCGCUUUGUUAGAUAGCAGCGGGUGGGGGCCUGGGUUUUUGGACCCCUGGGCGCAAGGAUGA